AUGUGGCCACGUGACGAAGUCCACGCAAUUCUGCUCUUUGAUUCAGGAAUUAACAUGGACGCUGGAGUAGCGGGCAAAAGAAAACACUUCGAUUUAGACGAAGAUACAACCAAUCGAAAGGUGAAUUUUUUUUGUCAUAUCACGAACGUUCAUUCCUAGUUUGUGGUAUCGAGUUACCCUUGGUUUUUCCAUACAAACAGAGAGAAAAGAUGAUCAAAUAUUGUAUUUGUCGAUCGUACGUGCUUCGUUGUAGUCCAUUGUUUUGAUUAUUAUGUACAUCUACUACAGGUUUUUUUCGCUUUUUUUGUUGUUUUCGCAGAAGUAUCUAGCUGAGGAUGACGAAAAGAAACACACUUCGAUAGUGUUUUCAUUAAAAGAAGAGGUUGGGUCGCUGUCCCGAGCUCUCAAACUUUUUGAGGUACUGCAUUCAUUUACCUGUAUUUAGAAUACUGCUUGGAGGUGCUUUAGGCGUUAUUUUUUGGAGAGUGGGUGAUCUAAGGAUUCGUUUAAAGUCAAAUCCUCUGUUAUUCGGUUUCUGUAAGUAUAAUUUCCAAUCAGCAUUUUCUGAUGAAAUUUCCGAGACGAAAGUGUUGUUAGAACGGGCCCAAGUUACUCGUAAAGUUAAUGCGGUCUUUUUUUUUUUUUAUCUUAUGCAAUCAUUACUAAGAGCCUCUAAAUGAAACCUUGUUCGCUGUGCUUUUCGAGUGAACCUUCAUCAUUGCUAUCACAUUUCCAGAUCCAAGAAUUUACAUUCUACCCAAAUGUGGUAAACCCUCUCGCAACAGCAAAAGAAAAGUACACCAAAACUGCUCUCCAAACUUAAUAAACAUCUCACCUCAGCGUAUUUCAUCGAGAUAUGAAUCCCGCGGGAAGUUGAGAGAGUAUCAAAGAUGGCAAAGAGUUGCUCAAGGCGUAGUCGAGAGCAACUCUAGCUUCUUGAGUGCUCUCCAAAUGAUCAAUGUGUUUCUUAAUUCGAUGAUUGCACAGCUUGUGUCUGAACUAAUUGUUUCCCAAUUAACACUUUCUACGCAGCUGUUAGGAUGUUGUUUUCUCAAAUAUCAACAUUCUUGAGGAACAAAGUGUUCAGUAAAUCUGGGGAAAAAAAGCUGUAACGAAACAAGAACAAUUAAAUCAACCAAAGAAAGAAGUUAUAGUUUUAGUCAGAAUCUCUCUUUCGGAAAUCAAGAAAGAAUCAUUAUGCAAAUUUGCCGGAUUUAUGGGAUAACCGUGUAGCAUUGUGUGAAAAAAGACUGAAAGCUGCAAGAUUUUUGGGAUUAACUGAUGUGUUUUCAACUAAUGAAUAUACUGAAAUUUUUGCAUAUACAGGUAUGUUUUUUAUUAACCUUUCAAUGAGAGAAAACUGUUUAAAAGGCAUGUGAAAUUGUAUGGUCAAGGGCAGAUAUAGGGGUGUACAAGAGGUUGGAAGGAUAAAACUUCUCUAUUUGGCUUUUUCUUUGGUCUUUUUUAAAAGUUUUUGUAAUGAACCAAAAUUCUCAAAUUUCUUCAGAAGCAUUCAUGUACAGUUACAAAAACUUCCAGAAUGAUGUGAGCCAUUUAUAACUACAUAAAUAAACCUGUAGAAAGGAAAAGGCUGUUAGUGUUCCUGCCUAGAAUUCUCCUAGGAUAUUUAUCACACCAGUAGAUUUAUAGAAUCACCCGCCAACUGAAAGGGUUCAAAAGUUGAGUUGCACAUAGCUUCAUUUCGUUAUCAGUAGUUAAGAAAAAUUAUAUGGCUGACAUGAUUUAGCUGUUAAUUAAAGGUGGCUUUACUUAGCUGAAAAAUAUCAACUUGACUUGGGUUCAAACUGACUAUGCUCAGUUUACGUUGCAAUGUUAGUAUGUUUAAUGGUCAUUAGAGAUAUUAUUGAUUGGCAAAAAUAUUCUAUUUCAUUGUCCACAGGAUCACAAGGUGAACAUGUCACACAUUGAGUCAAGGCCAUCAAAGCGUUCCAAGUCAGAAUAUGAUUUCAUUGUGGAUUGUGAAGAACUUCAAGGGGCAAAGCUUGAAAAGUUUAUGGAUGCCUUGAAGGGUCAUGCUUUGUCAAUCAUGCUUCAUUCAGAGGAAGGAGGAGGUAUUUGCCAGUUACACAUAAAUAAUUGACCAUUUAAUUUUAGAUUUUCUAUGCAAAUUUGAAUUUAUUUUUCUUAUUAAAAUUAUCUUGUUCAUUACCUUUUUCUACCCUGCUCAUUACUCUCAGUCUGCAAAAAAAACUGGGCAUAAUGAGAACAAAGGUAAUAUUAAUCUGUGCAUUGUCUUUCAGACAGCACAGCAUGGUUAAGUGAUCCCAUACCAUCAAUCCCUAUAAUAUUUUGACAUGUAAUGUUCCUUUUUUGGCACAUUUAUAACAAUCACUUUUACUUUGCCUUUUCUUUUCUGCCAAAAAUUUGUUUUGGGCAGUAUAUUUCAAAGUAAAGGCAAACUGACAGUUUUAAAACUUGCUGACAACACAUAUAACAUGUUAUCUCACUGAUAUUUCUGCUGUAAUUCCCCCAGACAGUGCUUGGCAUCAGGUGCAAGAAAGCUAAUGUACCUGAAAGUCCAAGUAGGGUCACUUUUAUUGUUCGAUUUCUUGACACAAUUACAUGAGAUGCUUUUCCUUGAAAUUAAGAUUCCUGAUACCUGGGAUACCAGUCUCCCCUAGAAAGAAAUUGAUAAUCAUCUCAAGAAAAGACCACAGAUAGAGGUAGCCUAACCCUUUCCCACAAGGGAAAGCAUUCUUGCUUAGGGUUAGGGUUACCACAACAUGUUUCUUUUGAUUAAUGGGACGUGGCAAUGAUUUUCCCUUGGGCAGGCUAGAAUAAUUUGUUUAUAAACAUUUAAGUUCUUUUUGCGCAAUUCAAACUUGCAUUUGAUGUGCUGUGAAGGGUACAUUACAAGCCUACAAACCAUACUUGGGCAAUGACUUUUUACUACUUUCCCUAUUUCUUGCACCUUGUAAUGCUAUAACUUGAUGAUGUCUUUUUAUUGUGAACAUUUCUCAUGAUCAUUCCCUCUUUAGUUGAAAAAACACACAAUGAACAUGAGCACCUGCACAAUAUAUGCAGUUGUAAUUGCACUUAGAAAAAUUCGGGUUAGUGUGAACUAUCAUUGUCUUAUUAUAUUGCAUAAUUUAAGCUAUGAUACAAUAAACCUUUAUUUUAUCUUGAUAGUAGUUAAAGCUAGUAGCUUGUGGGGUUGCGCAUAAAAUAAAAUAACUACAAAGUUAAAUAAUAAAACUUUUAGACAUAUAACAAGAUAUAAAAUAUCAAAUUUAAAUAUAUAUAAUCAAAAUAUAUGUUAAAGUUACCUAAAGAUAAAAUAAUAAAAUUUAAAAUUUAUGAUAUUCCAAUUCCAAUUCCAUUUAAAUUAUUAGUAAUAUACAAAAUCACUCUGCCUAUAUCUAGUUACUAUGGCUUUUAGCCUUUUAGCAAAACUCCUUUUAAGUUCCAGUGUGUGUUGUACCCAGGUGAAUCUAUCGUCAACUGUCAUGCCAAGCAGUCAUGUAGUUGUAACCCACUUGAGAAUUGAGUCACCAAGACGCAUAGGGGCCAGAGGUCCAUGUACAGUUCUUUUGCAUAUCAGCAUAACCUCACUUUUUCUUGGAUGGCAGGAUAAACAGCUGUUCAAACACCAUUUGUAGACCUCAUUUAAUGCCUUGUUUAAGUGUGUGACUACCACAUCUGCUGUCUCACCAAUACAGUAAAUCAUUGUGUUGUCUGUGUACAUAUAUAACAAACCUGAAAAAAUAGAAGAUGGUAGAUUGUUGGUGAAUAAUGUGAAAAGGGUCAGGCCCAGUACUGAACCCUGUGGAAUUCCAUUAGGCACUGCUGCUGGAUCAGAUUGCAUCUCGUUCAAGGUUGUAAACUGUUUCCUUUCAUUCAAGUAAUCUUUCAGCCACUCCAACAGUGAUCUAGUGAUGGCAAAUUGUUAUUCCAACAUUUUUACUACUGUUUCAUGUGGAACACAGUUGAAAGUUGAAGUCCACAAAUGCUGCUGCUACAAUCUUUCCAGAGUCCAACUCUUUUCUCCACAUUUGUGUUAGGUGGAUUAGUAGGAGUUCAGUUGAGUAACCCCAUCUGUAUGCCUAUUGCCUUUUGGAGAUUAAGUUGUUAAGGAUAAUGUGUUGUAUGAUGUUACUGUUAAUCUCAGAUUCCAUGAACAGGAUGCCCGUUUUACAGCUCUUCUACUACUGAGUGUUUUAUUUUUUAUUAAUUGAACCACACUUACAGUUCUCUUCUAUGUUAUAAAACUUUCAAUCAAACAGUUAAUUUUUAUCAAAGUGGUAUAAACAAAGGUAAAAGGGUGAUCAAAGUAACUAAUAAUAAUUGUUAUAAUGUGCAGAUCUUCUAGAACUUCAGUGUAAUCAGGACAGAAAUGGCUUGUUAUAAUCAACAUUAAUUUCAAUCAAAAGUAUUUGACAUUUGUGUUGCCUUGAGUUUACAAAACAUACAUGUAGUUGUUUUUUUUAAGUACGUGCAAAUCACAUAAACAAAGGUUUUUAAUAUUUAAAUGUCUUUUGUUCAUCCAGUAUAAAAUGAUGCACUUUUAAUUCGGUUAACCAGCACAAGUAAAAGGCACCUGCACAUCGGUCACCUUGUUGGUCAUGUUUAACAUUUCUGUUGGUUGUUUGAGUCAAAAUUUUUGUGAUGACUUCUUUUUUAGCAGCUGAUAUUUAAUUUGCUGAUAUUUGUUUGAUUUUUUUUUUUCCGCUUACUACUAAUCUGUUGGGGUGGUUACAUUGCAACUCUUCAGAUCAUGAUGAGGGUAAGUGGAAGAGUGACAGUUAAUGAUUAUGAGUUGAUUUUAGUGAAACACACUGGAUGACUGCCACCUUGGCUCUCAAGAAUCACCUUGACCUCUUAAUUUUUACAAAUCGACUGUGCUCUCCAACAAUUAACUUUUUUUUAUUAAAAAAAAAUUGGGUAGGUAGGAUUUCUAGACUUAUGCUGAAUGACACCCAAACUUUACCAACUUAUUAUGACAGGAAGUGCCAACAAUGAGAUACAAAUCAAUUGAUCUUUAUAAUUGAAUAAGAAUUGGCAAAAUAUUUAUUUGAUUUGAGUAGUUGUUGUGGAAUAGCAGCAAUAAAAUUAGUGUGUGACAUGAAGGUUGAGGACUGAAGGGGUUGUUUAGAACCUGUAACCCUUACAGUUAGUUCAGUAUUUACAUGCUGUACAUUUUUAGGGUUAUAUCUCCACUCUUGAUAGCCUACCUGUCGUCCCUCUUGUCUUUAAGUAUAUUAUAGUUUUGAAUGAUGAGACUACUAGAGAGAUGAUCUGCACAAUUAUGUGGGUGUAACAUAGGCUAAGGGACUUGUAUGUUAAUGGUAACUAAAUAAAGCCCUUAUUUUCAGUCUCAAAUUGAGGUCCAAGAUGACUCUUAUGUUCACAUGAAUUUUAUGUCUGACAUGUUGGUAACAUUUUGAUUUAGAGUAUGCCAUUGAGUGUUUUUUUUUAAAUUACUUACACAAUAAAAAUGUACCGAAGAUGAAUGUAACUAAAUUUAAACUUUUCACAUAUUCUCACCCUUGAUGUUUUUGUUGUGUAGUACCAGUAAUAAUAAUGAUGAUGAGUAAUGAAAAUAUUUAUGUAGCACUAAAUCCACUAAUUGUCCAUGGUGCUGUACAUUAAAGAUUAUUAAAAAGCUAAAAGAAAGGGGGAAAAGGGAAAGAAAUAUACACAUAUAUAUAAUUAUAUAGGAAUAAACUAAGUUUAAAAAUUCUAAGAUAAUAUAAUGACUCCCAGAUCUUCCCUCUGUCUCCUAAGGAUAUUCUGUUCAUUUAGAGUUACAGAGUUGGGGUUGGGGUUGGGGGCUGUCAGAGGGUAGCCCCAGAUCAACUUCCUAUUAGAGGCUCUUUUUGACCACUAAGCUGACAGGUGGCUCAGGUUGGUGUAAUGUACUUCAGAGCCAUGUGUAACAACAGCCAUCAAGAGAAGUACAUGUAUGAUGAAUUAUUUAAGACAGUAUUGCCUUGAUUUUCCAAUAUUUACAAUCAUGAUAGACAGUAAAUUUCACUUUUCACCCACAUUUACUUCCAACCUUUUCUUUUGAACCAGAAACAAAAACAAUAUACGACUGUUUAAAAAACAUGACAUCAUCCACCCUUGUCAAAUGUAAUAGCAUGAUCAUCUCAAUUGUAAUGCCAAUCUUAUCCCAAUGUUACUUUGUUUCUUUGCUACAUUAUCGAACACUGAACAACUGCUCAUACUCUAAAUAUGACAAUCAACCACAAAAUUCCCUAAACCAAAAAAUCAUGUUAGUCAUCUGUCAAUUCACGAGUUUUCUCACAGAGCACUUUGAUCUUUUCUCUCUUUCAAUGCUAAAAACGGAAGCUUAGCUUUCAGAACCACAUGAAAAAUGAAUUUAAAAUCAAUUACAGCAUUAAAUAUGAAAUCAAGGUCAUCCUAUGAUAAACAGUACAAUUUAUCAGUAGGAAAUUGUCACUUGACCCUCACCACCUAUAGCUUCUUUAGAGGGCCCUUGAAAAAGAUACCAUGAUUAUAACACAUAUUAUUUUUAUUAAAAUAUUCGUAGAUUUGAUAAUGAAUGAUCUCUCCCUAUCUAGUGCCAUGGUUUCCUCGCAAGAUUGCAGAUUUGGACAAAUUUGCAAACAGAGUAAUGAGUUAUGGAGCAGAGCUUGAUGCUGACCAUCCAGUAAGAGCACAUCUUUUUAUUUUACUGUUGUGUUAAUUCAAAGAAUGUGUAGUAAAAUAAACCAGUGAUUAUGGUUUCUGUUAAUUUGUGAAGUUUACCUGGUAAUUGACCUUUAUACUAACAUCAGCAAAGAAAAUGUUGUUUAAAUGAACGUUAUCAAAAUGAGCAAAAUGUUAUUAAAAUGAAAAUUAUCAGAGUUGUGUAACACUUGUAAAAUAAAGAUUACUCACCAAGGGUAAGAGACCUGAUUAUGAGCUGCUACAUGUAUCUAACCCCUGAUUUUUACCACCUACUCCACCCCUUAGGUGACAGUUCUCUAUUGAACCAGAAGUUCUGUUUUAGGAAUGAGAUUCUACAAAUUUAUUUUGAAUUUCACUGACAAUGGGCUUGUUUUUAAGGGCUUCACUGAUCCAGUGUACAGGGCUCGCAGAAUGGAACUUGCAGAUAUUGCUAUCAACUACAAGCAGUAUGUCAAAUUUUGAUUGUUCCUCAAUUAAAAUAAUCUGUAUACUUGCCAUUAUUACUAAUCAAUAAUUUUGUGUUGAUGACAGUGGUCAGCCAAUCCCACAUGUGAAGUACACAGCUGAAGAGAUCAAGACCUGGUAAGAGAUUUACAUUUAUAUCUUAGUUAAGAUUAAAAACAGAUUGCUUUUUUCAAUAUAAUAAAUUGUUAUUUUUAUCAUUAUCAUAAUUCUUGCAAAAUUGUUAUUUUUAUUAUUACUAUGUAAUCAUUAUGAUGAAUGCUAGGGAAAGGUUUGUGCAGACUCCCCCCAAGAAUUGUACAGUGUAGGUUGAACUGAGAUAAUUUUCCUAGCUCCUCCUCCUCCUCACAGCAGUUUGUAAGAAUUAAAAAUCUGUUAUGAAAAAACCAACUAAUCAAUUGAUCAAAAAAAAUGUUAAAGUAUUCAAUGAUUUUACCCUAGUAUAUCAAAUAAUGUUUUUCUUUUUCAUUCUGAAUCAAUUUUUGAAGGUAUCAUUCAAUUCUUCAUACUAUUUUAAUUGAUGGCACUACUGUUUGCAGGGAUAAGGUGUUUUCUGAGUUAACAAAGCUGUACCCUACUCAUGCAUGCCGUGAACAUGGUUAUGUGUGGCCUCUGUUGGUGCAAAACUGUGGCUAUAGGUAUGUUUGCUAUGUUGCAAAAAAGAUUAGUAGAGUUUUUCAUAAACAAAGACUUGACUUGACUUUACUGGGUGGAAAUGCUGUGUGUAGCUGGCAAGUGAAGAGCAUGUAGCCAUGGAUUAGUGAGAGUGGGUCUUGAUUAGUGUUGUUAAUAAGGAAUACGCCCCCUUUGUUUCUAGGAGAGUGAUGGCAAGCACCAUUAAGGAGCACCAUUGACUCACCCUCUAAGCUCUCUUGAUACUCACCAUGCACUUGCCUCCCUCCCCCUAAAAAUGCCAAAAAUUAUGCGUGUCAUUAAGGUAUCUGGCUGACAGGUAUCUUUCCUGUAUACUUAUAAUGGUUACAAACCCUCUUUUAAGAGAGAAGUGACAACGUAGGAGUUUGAAUGAUUGUUUGAUGAUUGGUUGUUUGGACUAUCAUUGAUUUAACAUACAGUAGAUCCCAUGUUGAGCACUAACCAUAUAUACCAAGGUGACGUUGCUAACACAGGGUCGGCCAGGGUUUUUGGGUAUUCGGUAUUCAGGGGCGUUUUAAAUCGGGUAUACGGUAUAGUGCAGCUUAAAUAUGGGUAUUCAGUAUAUCACUUUCUUUGAAUUUCAGGUAUAGAGUAUUCAAAGCUUCGAUUAUUUUUGGGUAUAUUUGGAGGAAUUUGGGGUAUUUUGGGGUAUUUUGUCGAUUUUUUUUCGGGUAUAUUGGUAUUCCACUACCCCCCCUGGCCGACCCUGCUAACAGCUGAUUUUACUGUUGUUUAAUUUUACCUUAACUUGCUCUCAUAGGCUGGGUAACAUUCCGCAACAAGAUGUGGUGUCAAAUUUCUUGAAAGGUAAGUUCAUUAGUUCCUUUCUUUGAAAAUUUCCUUUUUUCUCGUAGUCAAAGUGAAUCGCUCCGUUAAGUUAAGAAACUUUGGAGCACAAAUUCUUUUUCGGGUCAAAUAUUGUCUUAAUGUAAAGUCAAGCGUAUAUGAUAUGGAGACGUUAGACUAGCUUUUUCACUGACCGUCUGUUAACAAGCUUAAAACGAGUAGAAUGUGGAAUCAACAAACAAAUGGACCAACUUUCUGACAGAAAGUUAGACAGAUGGAGAUAGAUAGGGAAGCCAGAACCUGGAAACUCCAUCUUAUGUACUUGCCACAGUACGAAGCAUCUCUUUAAUAACCCCGUGGAACUUCACUUUUAUUUUUCAAUAAUUCGUGUUUACUUUGAAUACCAACUCUUAGAAUGCUCUGGCUUCAGUCUUCGCCCAGUUGCUGGCCUGAUCUCCUCGCGUGACUUCCUUGCUGGACUUGCCUUCCGAGUCUUCCAUGCUACUCAGUAUAUCAGACAUGGUUCCAACCCUUUGUACACCCCUGAGCCAGACAUUAUUCAUGAGCUCAUUGGUCAUGUCCCACUUUUCGCUGAUCCUGAUUUUGCUCAGUUUAGUCAGGUGAUAUAUCGGUUUGCUACAUGUACAGAUAUUAAUGGUGAUUUCUUCUCCGCAUAAAGUGAAUAUACCAUGUAAACUUUUCACGUAUCAAGAUAGCAGUGUCGUCAUGGUAUUGGAUAUAUCCUAUGGUUUUUUGCCCUUAAUGAUGGGCUUCGUCUGUGCCAACAUCAAUAAAUUUCAGGGCCUUUUUUUGUGACGGGAUAAACAGAAUAUCAUUCAAAUAACCUGCUUUAGUUCAUAUCUGAGAUUGAAAUAGCUUUGGCGCGAGCUGAGUGCACGUGAAGGUGUCCAGUGUCUUCGCGGUACUACUGAAUAGUUUUAAACCUCUUUGAUCUUACUGAUUUUCUCCUGCAGGAGAUUGGGUUGGCAUCUUUAGGGGCCCCAGAUGAAUGGAUCGAAAAAUUGGCAACGGUAAGGAAUACACAGGCUGUAUUUACGGUUCUAAUUUUUUGAUAACAUACACAUUUUUGUGACAUACUUAUGACGUCAUGCGGUUGCCAAUCUGCCUUGUGGGUGCUUUAAAAAUGGCUUGUGUUUGUGUAACAUAAUCAUUUCAAGGAAAAAGUUUUUUUCUAAUUUUCUCAUAAGUGAGUGGUUUAAAGCAAUAAACGGCUAUUAAAAUACAGGUCUGGAAUGAUCUGCUUCUUUGUCUUUGUUACGUGAUUUCAGGAAACUUAAGAAUUUGAAGAUGCCAAAAAAGAUAAACAACUUUGUAAUUGGGAAAAGUGAAUGAGAUCAAUAGUUCUUAACAAUUCUUUUCUUCUUCUUGAAUGAAUACUUAGGUACAUUUUCGAACUGGUGAAUUAACGAACUGGCAGGUGUCAAAACAUCAUUGCGUUGAAUUGAUCUUGUUCUUUGCUUGCAGCUCUAUUGGUUCACAAUUGAGUUUGGACUCUGUAAACAAGACGAAGAAGUCAAGGCUUAUGGAGCUGGACUGUUGUCUUCCUUUGGAGAACUUCAGGUUAGCCCAUAGCCUCUUUUUUCAGCUGCAAAGUUAGUUCUAUUUGGCUCUACAACAACCGUUUACGAACUCUUUACUGAGUGUCUGUAAACAAUGAGUGUAAGGCGCUGAUUUCCUUCCUCUCGUGUGCCCCCUCUGUCGUCUCGCAAUUCGGUCAGUGGGAUUUUCAACAUCCAGUUAUUGUCUGGAUUGCUUUCCCAGCAAAAAAGCACAGAGAUUUAAACAUUUGGGAUACCAUUGGUUUGCUGUUUUACACGUCGUGAUUGGCCAAGAAAUCUGGCACCACCUUUUCAAUCAAUUAGAUGCAAUCUUGGCCAGGUCACUCACAUUUUCACAUGCGAGAAGCCAGCUCCGUCUGUCUGCUCCGAGCCCUCACUAGAUCAUUUUUAUAUUUGUCUGUGUUUUGAUUGGUCAUCGUGAUAAGUUCUGUUUUGCUCUACUGAUACCCAAUCCAAAAGUGCUCUAAGCGUAAUUUUAAAGGAGCCAGCCCUCUCGAAUUUCCUCAUUCAAGAUAGCUAGUUUCUUAAGAAUAAUGGUUCAUAUGUGUCAUGUGAUGGUUUGGUGUUCCAGAGAAUAUCCUACAUCACGCGAUAGGUAUCAAGAUAUUUUAGCGGAUUUUCCUUUCAACGGGGAAACUCUAUUGGGAAAAAGGUUGUUGGGUAGUAUACGGUUUAUCUUUAAACGAGGAUUUUCACUCAAGUAAGAAAUCGAGAAUCAGAGCUGAACCAAAACAAGAGAGCUUCUUCGUUGUUUCCUUUUUUUAAAAAAUUGAUUUUAAAUUGGAAAUGCGUCUGUUUUUCUCCUUUUUAGUAUUGUCUGACAGAUGAGCCAGAGAAGAGGCCGUUUGAGCCUGAGAAGAUGGUGGUUCAGAGCUAUCCUAUCACCAAAUAUCAACCGUUAUACUUUGUCGCCGACAGUUUCCAGAGUGCAAAGGAAAAAGUCAGGUAGGAUUUUUUAUUUCGAUCCUUACCUUUUACUUGACAUUUUCACUCCCUCUGCUCCAAUCACCCAACCUCUUCCUGCGCAUCCCGGUGCAUCCCGGUGUGAGCCAUGGAAAAUAGGCUUGAAAAAAGUUUUUAAAAAAAGUGGCUCGUCAAGAAAUGGGUGUUACUGACUUCGGGCCCCGUCAAUUUUAUUAUCAGCUGGAAUGUGACUACAAGUAGCAUCAGUUCAUUUUGGCCAAAGAUUGGACUUUCUUUGAACUAACCUUUGUAAAAAGAGCGAAAUAUAGGUUGUUUGGGUCACGCAGCUGUAGUUCUUUAUUUUCAUGUAAUUAUUUUUUAAACUUAACAGUAAGAGAAAGGUAACGCUACUGUGUUUUUCUGGGUGAAGAGAGAAAGUGGCAUUUUGAAGCUUUUCACAUGGUCAUGACAUAAAUCCCAUGUUGCAUCAAUUGCAGUUUUCAGCAACUGCGCACCGACCCCUCCCCUAAAGCAACAUUAUCCUUAAGUUGUUAUCAGUUGACUGCCGUUAGGUUAGGGGAGGGGUAGUUGAGCAGUUGCUCAGGUAUUGACAUUUAUCCGUCAUGUUUGCAGGGAGUUUGCUGCUAAAGUUCCCAGACCCUUCUCCGUCCGUUACAAUCCGUACACGCAGUCUGUGGAAGUAUUGGACUCGAAGGACCAGAUAAUGAAAUUGGCCAAUGACAUCAAAGGUGACGUCGCCACUCUGCAGGAAGCUCUCGGCAAAUACGAAUAAACGGAAGGCUUGUUACUGAGAAGUCUGAGGCAAGCAAAAUGAACAUUUUGAAAGUUUUUCAGACUUUUCUUGUCUUAAAGUAUAAAGUGUUUGCGUUGACAAACUCAACAGAAAUACGUGUU